GAGCUGGAGCUGAGGCAGAAGCAGGAGCUGCAGCGGGUGGAGGCGGAGGCGCGGGCCCGGGCGCGGGCGGAGCGGGAGAACGCGGACAUCGCCCGCGAGCAGAUCCGCCUGCGCGCCGCCGAGCACCGCCAGACCGUCCUGGAGUCCCUCAGGACAGCUGGGAUGCUCUUUGGGGAAGGAUUCCGUGCUUUUGUGACAGACUGGGAUAAAGUUACAGCCACGGUGGCAGGCCUGACCCUGCUGGCAUUGGGAGUUUACUCUGCCAAGAAUGCCACGGCCGUGGCAGGGAGGUACAUAGAGGCAAGGCUGGGGAAACCUUCCCUGGUGAGGGAAACCUCACGUAUCACCCUGCUGGAGGCUCUGAAGCAUCCUAUCCAGGUUGGUAAACGUCUUACCAGCAAGGCUCAGGAUGCCCUUGAAGGAGUUGUUCUCAGUCCACAGUUAGAAGCACGUGUGAGAGACAUUGCCAUAGCAACAAGAAAUACAAAAAAGAACAAAAGCCUUUACAGGAAUAUUCUGAUGUAUGGUCCCCCAGGCACUGGGAAGACACUCUUUGCCAAGAAAUUAGCUGUGCACUCAGGCAUGGACUAUGCCAUCAUGACUGGUGGCGACGUUGCCCCUAUGGGGCGUGAGGGAGUUACUGCCAUGCAUAAGCUCUUUGACUGGGCAAACACCAGUAGGAGAGGCCUCCUGCUAUUUGUGGAUGAAGCAGAUGCAUUUCUGAGGAAGAGGGCAACAGAGAAAAUCAGUGAAGAUCUCAGAGCAACUUUAAAUGCAUUCCUGCACAGAACAGGGCAGCACAGCAACAAGUUUAUGCUUGUUUUAGCAAGCAACCAGCCCGAGCAGUUUGACUGGGCCAUCAAUGACAGGAUAGAUGAGAUGGUGAACUUUGACCUGCCCCAGCUGGAGGAGCGGGAGCGGCUCGUGAGGAUGUACUUCGAUAGGCACGUCCUGAAGCCAGCCACAGAGGGCAAACAGCGCUUGAAGCUGGCCCAGUUUGACUAUGGGAAGAAGUGCUCAGAGAUUGCCAGGCUGACAGAGGGCAUGUCUGGCCGAGAGAUCUCUCAGCUUGCUGUGGCCUGGCAGGCCGCAGCCUACGCGUCGGAGGACGGCGUGCUGACCGAGGCCAUGCUGGACGCGCGGGUGGCAGACGCCGUGCGGCAGCACCGGCAGAAGAGGGAGUGGCUGAGGACGGAGGGGGCCGGAGCCACGGGCAGGAACCCGCCCCUGCCCUCCCCCAAGGACACACCCCUGUGA